GACGUCUAGGGUUUAGGGUUUGAUUUUCAUCUUCUUUAGCUUCGUUUCUUCGCCGGAGGUGUAGAGAUUGCACGGGUCACUUCGGCUUCGCUCCUUCGACGACGUUCCCUUCUUGUCGGAUCGGAAGUUACGACAUUUUGAUCGGAAGCAAUGACGGGAGCUCGCUCACUGUGAAGGGCAAAACGAGGGAAACGGAGGAUUUAUUCCGCCGUGAGAUUUACGGGGCGCUCAAAUCCCGUUUGGCAGGAUUUAGCAUAAAUCAUGCUCAAAUCCUGCAUAAAUCUUGUUGCCGAACAGACCCGGAGAGUGAGAGAGCGGACAGAGGAGUAGUAGUCGUACCUGGCUUCGAGCAUCAAGUUGCCUGCCUCCCCAUUCCUGGACAACGAGAUCUCAAUCUUCUCCAUCUCCCCCUGUCGAAGCUAUCCGCUCUUUCUUCUUCCACUCAUUCCUAUUCUAAGGCACUGAUAAUUCGUCCAGUGACCACAUCUCCUUAGAUCUGUCUGCACUUCAGAGUCCAGCGUCGUUGUUCGACCUAUACUCCUCGCAGUCCGACUUCUGUAAGCCCGUCGAGGAACUCUCGCAGUUGGGUAAGUUGAGCUUAAUGGAGUCAUUAAAGGUUAAGAGCACCAAGAAAGGAAUGGGAUAUUUGAAGUUCUCUGGUAAAGCAUCUCAGAGACAUGCCUCUUUGAAAACAGAUGCAGAUUUCCACCCUGUAUAUUCAGAACUCUUGGAAGGCAUAAAUGACAAACUUCUAAAUAGUGAGUCCGAAAAUGAAGAAACGUGCAAGCAGUUUCACACUUGUGUGAUGUGCUACUCGUGCUCCUUUCUCUUUAUAGGAGAGAAGAUUGUCUCAAAUAAGGCUGAUAUUGUCAAUAAAGUUGUAUAUGAUAUUUUGCAACAUGGGGAGGAGUGGAAUAAAUUCAGAAGGACUAGCUUAAAGAAAAAGAUAGAUCAUUGUCUUCUACUUGAUAAUUUUGUUCCUAAUGUUGGUGUUUCAAUGGAUGCUCGUGCAAAGGCUUUACGAAGCCAUUCAAAGCGGUCACAAAAGCACAUGUCUCUACGACAGCAUCGGAAAUGUGGGACUUUUGAUAUGCCAAAGGAGCUUCACAAUUGCAGAUUUGAGCUCUUCAAACCAAUGCAUGACAUGUGGAAAGCCUAUAUCCUUGAGCUCCUGGAAGAAUCCAGUAAAAAACAAUUGGCUCAAUGCCUUCUCACAGCAGACUUGCAUGGUGCUUUUGUUGUUGUUGUUGAGUGUAAAACAAGAUCUUUUGUUGGUAUAAGCGGUAUUAUGAUUCGAGAAACAGCGGAGACCUUUGGGAUAAUCAAGCAAGAUAAUCAUUUCCGAGUGGUUCCUAAGCAUGGAUCUGUGUUUAUAUUUCAAGCUGGGUGUUGGAAGGUUACUUUACAUGGCGACAAACUUUCUUUGCGGAACAUCACCUAAUGUUCAGCUAUCUACUGGGCUUGUAUGUUGUAUUUCAAAGGUGAGUUGAUUUGAUUGCGCUAGUCAUUCUUGACAAAUGAUUACUAAUUAUGAUUUUAGUGAUUUCUAUGUAAAAUUAUUACAGUUUAAUAUACCUAGAACUCGUGGCUUGAUAAGCUCAACUGACUAGCUUGUUAAUGAGUUAAGUUCGAGCCGACUCAGCUCACAUACACCCCUAGGGGCAUCUGUUCACCCAAUUGGUGGUAAAUGUUUACUUUUUUUUGUAUUGUUGCUAACAAUGAUAUCUUUGUAAAUGUUUAGUUUCUAUGAUAUCGGAUAGCACUUUCUAA